CUCUCUUUUGGUUGGAGCUCAAUGUUAGAAAUCAUGUACAAACAGCAGCGAACCCGCACUUGUUUUAUUGUGAAAGUCUGUAGCGGAAGUGCCGUUAGCCUGUGCUAGCUUGCCUGCUAGCUGAGCUCCAGGCUCCUCUGCGGCUCAGAAGAACCGGGGGAGUGCGGGACUUCGUCCUCCAUCACUUCCUUCUUUUCGGCAAUGUGCUGUGAGGCAGGGAGGUGUGAGCAGCUCCGCACCCCUCCGCGCUGCUCGGGAGCCAUGGCGGAGCGGACACUGAGGAGGAAGCAGCGGCCGGAGCUCGGCGGGUCGUCGGCGGCUUUCCCUGCCCCGCACCGCGGACACGAGUGUGCGUGACGGACCGCGAUGGUGAAGUUUUCCUGCGUGUGCACCGCUGUCACGGCCGGCCCGUCCACUUUUCACUCACUGACAUUGUCCUCAUCUCCAUGGGAUCGUAGCGUCGCAGAGUUUGUUGUGCUUUUCUUUGCUCCGGGACGCGUGUCCGGUUAAAGCCGUCCGCCUGACGGGGCGCCGCGGUAGUAUUCACAGCCGAACCAGCGGAGGUCCAGAUGGGGGCGAAGCAGAGCAGCCCGACCGCUAAUCCGGCCGCUAACGGACGGACCAGAGCCUACUCCGGCUCGGACCUGCCCUCCGGCACGGCCGGCGGCAACGGCGGCAACGUCAACCGGACGAGCGCCGGGGGUGUGAGGUACCGCGCGUACGGCGCGUCCGGAGCCUCCGCAGCCUCGUCCAGCGCCGGCCAGCACAUCGGAGCCGGCAGGAGCAGGUCCGUGGGGGGCUCCGGGGGCUCCGGGACCAGACCUCAGUCCGGUAUCAACAUUCCCAACAGCGGCGGAGUGUACAGCUCCCCGGAGUCCGGAGGCAGCAGCCCGGAGGAGGCGGCGGACCGGGACAGAGCGGGCGGAGGACACGACGGUCCCCGGCUGGUGAUCGGAUCUCUGCCCGCGCACCUGUCCCCUCACCUGUUCGGAGGCUUCAAGUGCCCCGUAUGCUCCAAGUUUGUCUCUUCUGAUGAGAUGGAUCUGCAUCUGGUCCUGUGUUUAACCAAACCCAGAGUGACCUAUAACGAGGACGUCCUGACCAAGGAUGCAGGAGAAUGUGCGAUCUGUCUGGAGGAGCUGACCCAGGGGGACACCAUCGCCCGGCUGCCCUGCCUCUGCAUCUACCACAAAGGAUGCAUCGACGAAUGGUUUGAAGUGAACAGAUCAUGUCCAGAGCAUCCAUCAGAUUAAAGCUUUUUUUGCACAGGUACCGCACCAUGAGAGCGAUCUGCUUAAAGUGGAUCCAGGAGACUGCUGGACACUGUGACCCCACCCCCAUAACCCCCCCACCAAUAAUGUAGUACCACAGUGUGCCAAAUCUCAUCCAAGCAAACUUCAGGGAUUCAAAGUUUAAUGUUUGUGUUUGAGUUGCACAUCCACGCUCACUGUCAGACCGGACAUGGCGUCCUCCACGGCGUUGCCACAGGUGGGGGCCAAUCAGACGGCGGCUUUCGGGACUCCGGGUGUGGUCCCGGAGGCAGAGGCGGGGGCAGGGUGCAGAGAGGGGUGGGUUUGAUGACAGAUUGUCCCUCCCCUCCUUCUUUUAGCAGUGCCUUGUCAUUGUUAUUGUUAUUGUUGCGGAUGCGAAGCCCGGACACAGCGGAGGCGGGACGGACGAUGCGUUGUCACGGCCGCCGCUCCAGGAGAAACCCAUCGCCACCGGGAUGCACUCAGAAGCAGCGGCGAGCGUCCGCAGUAGCAGCACAGACGUGUUCCGAACUGAAGCUGUUGCGAAAAUUGGUGCCAAUCAACUGUGAAUAUUCUCAAACUCACUCAAUCAUCAGUGCUUUUUAAUCAUGAACUGCGGAGCGGAGUUCGUCACGGGAAACGGAAACCUGCGGCAAAGCUUGAAACGGACUCCCGACUAAUCUACCUGAACCCAGGAGGGACAAAACACCCACACACACCUGGAUUCUGCAGCCACUGGAUACUUACAGUGUGUUCAGACCAAAAGUAAAGCCAGUUUUCACCCUUGAAACAAAGUCAACCACGUUUUUUUUUUUUUACUAGUAUAUCCCCUUAACAGCCACUAGGGGCACUAAAUCACACCAGCGCUAACCUGGUUUACACAGGUUUCAACAUCAAAAACCACAAAACGGAUUCAAGUCAUUUCCUAUCUGAAGUCAAAGAAAGUGAUAAUAGAGUUUUAUUUUAGUUUUUUUUUUUUUUAUUAACCUUUAUUUAACCAGAAAAAAAAAUCCCACUGAGGUUAAGAACCUUUUUUUUUACAGGGGAGUCCUGGCUUAGUUAGACAGCAGCAAAUACAAACACAGUUACAAGAUUACAUACUUAAAACAGAAAUAACACACAUUUAACAAUAAAUGGUAAAAAUAACACACACUAAUCCUAGAGCAGAGCUGUUCAGAGCUGCUGCUUCUCAUUUUCACAAUCAUCAUCUUGCUGUUUGGAUUUCAGCGUUGAAUAUGAUCUCGCAGAGACGACUGGAAGUGUGCAAUACUGAAAUGGGAAACGUGUAGGAACCCUCUCAGAGUAAACCUACAUUCUUACCAUGCAGACUAGACUAUAAGUCUCUUAGAAGUUACACAUGUAUGCAACUAAACUGCAAAUCCAAUCAUGUUUUGGAGUUUGCAUAGCAUCAUUAUGAGUACCGUACUUUCUGGGCUAUAAGUUGCACCUGACUAUAAGCCGCAGGUGUCCACAUUUUGACAUGAGAUAUUUACACAAAAAGAUGGUAAACAGGAAGAUUAUUGAAAUAUUUCUUUCCAUCCCUUCACUGCUUUUGUCCAAACAGUGUGUGUACCGUCAGUAAACGUCAGGAACAGGCUGGUUCACAAACCCACAACAGUCACUGAUCUGUGUCUUCCUCUUCUUCUGCUCAUUAAACCACUGCAGUCGUCUUCUUCAGUGUUCUUCAGUUGAACAUCC